AUGCGUUCAUUCGUUACCUGCACCGUUCUGGCCUCCGUCGCCUCCCUGGCUUCCGCCUCCAUCCAGGCCCGCUGGGAGUACCCUGAGGCUGUUCCCGCUAUCAUGCGCCGUCAGGACCCUGGCACUCCCGCCUACGCCUGCCACGAGAACUGCGGUCUUCUCAUCACCCUCGGCCGUACCGACGGCUUCUGCGACAACGCCGAGUGGAACACCCGCUACGACGCCUGCAUGGCCUGCGCCAACAACUUCGGCAUCUGGAUCUACUACCGCAACGGCGUGACCACCGCCGCCGAGAAGUGCGGCCUGUCUCCCACUCCCAGCCCCUCCGGCGCCGCCGCCACCACUGCCGCUGCCACCAGCGCCGCCCCGGCUCCCUCUACUGCCGCCGAGCCCGCCCCCACCACCGCGGCCGCUUCUUCUUCCGCCGCCGCCCCUCCCGCUGAGGAGUCCUCUUCCGCCCCUGCUGCCACCUCUGCCGCUGCUCCCGCCACCACCCUGACCACCGCCGCCAGCUCUGCCGCCUCCUCCGGCGCGGCCACCCCCUCCGCCUCUGGCACCGGUGCCGCCGGUACCUCCACCGCCACCGCUACCCGCGUCACCUCCAUCGGUACCUCCGUCGUCAUUCCCUCCGGAACUGCCACCCCCAGCAGCCCCGUCUUCGCCGGCGCCUCCAAGAACACCGGCGUUCUCGGCGCCGUCGGCGCCAUCGGUGUCGUCGGCCUGGUCCUUGCUGCUCUCUAA